ACGCUUUUUUAUAUAAUGUCUGCAAUAAAUGAAAAUGCUGAGACAAAAGAGAGCAAUAACAAUGCCAAAUUGAAUGAUACAUGGGCUAUACGUCCGUGUCAUCUGUAUAAAGAUGAGUAUGAUGACUGCAACAGUUUCAAGGCGCGCUUCCAUCAAUAUUUCAUAUUCGGCAAAGAUGCCGACUGCUCGCAAUGGCUGACAGAUUUUAAGAACUGCGAACGCUAUCAGCAGUCGAAUGGCAAUGACAUGGAAGCUGGCGCCGCCAUCAUCAAGAGCGAAGAACUGCGAAGGAUGACAAGACUGCAGGCUCAUUUCGCCAACGAUACGUGGGCGAAGCGAAAGUCGCCGCCCGAGGACUGGGCCAAGCCGCUGCCCGACUGGCUGGAGAAGCGCAACGAGAACACCUACUUGGAGCUAAAGCAAAAGGAGCUGUCUGGGGAGGCGGCGCCACAAGAGGAACAGCGCUCCUUCUGCGCCAUUAUGUAGAACAAACAUUAAAAGAGCUAAGAAACUAA